AUGAAGAAAGGAAAAGAAGACAAGCUGAAACUACAAACAACUUUUAAUGGGCAGGAGAGAGAUAUCAAGUGGUCUUCUGGAACCACAUUACAUGAACUUGCCAUUCUUCCAACGAAAAGACCUGAGCUUUUGUCUCGUGACUAUCACUUUGUCUACAAAGAUGUUGAAGCAUCAUCGACUCAAUGGGAUGAUAUUCAAAGAAAACUCGGGAACUUACCUCCCAAACCCCCUGCCUUCAAACCCGAUCCUUUCACUGCUGCAGAAGAUGAAGAUUCCAAACUUGAAACCAAAUAUUCGAUCGAUAACAAGACAGAAGAAGAACUCGAAGACUUAGAAGAUGAUCUUGAUGACAAUCGUUUCCUUGAAGAAUACAGGAGAAAGAGGUUAGCAGAGAUGAAGCAAACAGUAAAAGUUGCAAAGUUUAGGUCAGUCAUUCCUAUUUUAGGAUCCGAUUUUGUGUGUGAGGUAUCACAAGCUCCAUCUGAUGUGUGGGCAAAUUAUGUUGGGUUGCAUACUUUUGGUAAGAGAUGCACUCCAGAAGGUGUUGCUAUGAUUUUAUGCCAAUCAGAUCAUGUUCUUAAUGAUGGACUCAAUGGUGAAGCUUCUAAAGAAGCUGUUCUUGAAGGAGUGAGGAAAAGAUUUAUAGAGAAAGUGGUUACAUUGCAUGAAAAUGAUGAUCAUGGGUCUUCAAGUGAUUAA